AUGGUAGGGACAGUAGAAGCUGAAUCAGUGUCGGUGCUAUCCAACGCCGGAAAGAUCGAGCUGUUGUCGAAGGGCUUCGAUCCCACGGCCGUCCCUGCGGAACCGUUGCCUCCGGUUGUGGCUUCCAACGGAGAGAAAAAGGAGGAGAGAGAGAUUGUUCUAGGGAGGAACGUGCACACUACGUGCCUCACCAUCACGGAGCCUGAUGCGGACGAUGAGUCCACCGGCGAUAUGGAGGCCUUCAUGGCCAGUAUCUUGGCUAGGUAUCGCAAAACCCUCAUUGAGAGGACCAAAUAUCAUUUAGGUUACCCAUAUAAUCUGGACUUUGAUUAUGGUGCUCUAGCACAGUUGCAGCAUUUCUCCAUAAACAACCUUGGCGAUCCAUUUAUUGAAAGCAACUAUGGUGUUCAUUCAAGACAAUUUGAAGUGGGUGUUUUGGAUUGGUUUGCCCGUCUAUGGGAAAUAGAGAAGAGCGAAUACUGGGGAUACAUUACAAACUGUGGCACAGAAGGCAAUCUUCAUGGAAUCCUGGUUGGGAGAGAAGUGUUUCCAGAUGGAAUUUUGUAUGCAUCGCGAGAAUCACAUUACUCUGUCUUCAAAGCAGCACGGAUGUACAGAAUGGAAUGCGUUAAGGUUGGCACUUUUGUCACUGGGGAGAUUAAUUGUGCAGAUUUCAAAGCAAAGCUACUCUCUAACAAGGACAAACCAGCCAUAAUUAAUGUGAACAUAGGUACUACUGUCAAAGGAGCGGUUGAUGAUCUUGAUCUUGUUAUACAGACCCUUGAAGAAUGUGGAUUCUCACAUGAUCGAUUCUACAUCCAUUGUGAUGGAGCUCUAUUUGGACUCAUGAUGCCAUUUGUCAAACGUGCUCCCAAGGUAAGCUUCAAGAAGCCCAUUGGAAGUGUGAGUGUUUCUGGCCACAAGUUUGUGGGAUGUCCAAUGCCAUGCGGUGUCCAGUUGACAAGGAUUGAGCACAUUAAUGCCCUAUCGAGGAAUGUCGAGUACCUCGCUUCAAGGGAUGCCACAAUCAUGGGAAGCCGGAACGGCCACGCUCCCAUCUUUUUGUGGUACACCCUGAACAGAAAAGGUUACAAGGGGUUCCAGAAAGAAGUCCAGAAGUGCCUCAGAAAUGCUCACUAUUUGAAAGACAGCCUUAGGGAAGCAGGUAUUAGUGCCAUGUUGAAUGAGCUUAGUAGCACGGUUGUGUUUGAGCGACCUCUAGAUGAGGAGUUUGUUCGGCGGUGGCAACUUGCAUGCGAGGGUAAUAUGGCUCAUGUUAUUGUGAUGCCUAAUGUCACCAUUGAGAAGCUGGAUGAAUUCUUGAAUGAAUUAGUUCAGAAGCGCUCGAUUUGGUAUGAAGAUGAGAAAGUUAGACCUCCUUGUCUUGCAGCUGAUAUAGGGAGUAAGAAUUGUGUUUGUGCUCUUCAUAAGUGAUAUCUAUUGGGGUUUAGGGUUUAGUGCAACUGCUAUUUGUUGGUUCUACUAUUAUUUCUGUAGCAGAACAAUAAGUUCACCAGUGAUCUCUUCAAUUUGAUAUGCAUUUUUCUCAAUA